AUUCAACGGCCGCAACUCCUGCACUGAUGUCGGCAGCGGUGGUUUUAGCCGCUGUCCUUGGCGGUGGGGUUUUCUUCAUCGCCCGGAGGAUCAUAUUCAGGCGGAAAGCGCUGAGAUUAAUGAGCUACCCCCCGGCUCUGAUGCGCGGAAAGACCGUGAUCGUGACCGGGGCAAACUGCGGCAUCGGGAAGGCGACCGCGGCGGAGCUGCUGAAGCUGCAGGCCCGCGUGAUCAUGGCUUGUCGGGACAGGCAGAGGGCGGAGGACGCGGCCCGGGACAUCCAGAAUCAGGCCGGUACAAGUCAGGGAGAAAUCGUCAUCAAACACUUGGAUCUCGCGUCCCUCCAGUCUGUGCGCAGAUUCUGCGAGGAAGUGAUCAGGGAGGAGCCAAGAAUUGAUGUUCUUAUCAACAACGCUGGCCUCUACCAGUGUCCCUACAGUAAAUCAGAAGAGGGCUUCGAAAUGCAACUGGGAGUGAACCACCUGGGUCACUUUCUUCUGACCAACCUCUUGCUGGACCUCCUGAAGCAGUCGUCUCCCAGCCGCGUCGUCGUGGUCUCCUCCAAACUCUACAAGUAUGGGAGCAUCAACUUUGAGGACCUGAACAGCGAACAGAGCUACAACAAAUCUUUCUGCUACAGCCAGAGCAAGCUCGCCAACCUGCUUUUCACUCGCGAGCUGGCCCGCAGGCUGGAUGGCACUGAGGUAACUGUAAACGCCCUCACUCCGGGUAUCGUAAGAACCAGAUUGGGCCGGCAUGUCAACAUCCCCCUGCUGAUUAAGCCUCUUUUUUGGCUGGUCUCCUGGUUGUUCUUUAAAAGCCCACUGGAGGGUGCUCAGACCCCACUCUACCUGGCAUGCUCGCCUGAAGUUGAAGGUGUGUCUGGAAAAUGCUUUGCUAAUUGCGAAGAAGAACAAUUGCUUUCUAAGGCCACCGAUGACCAUGCGGCUAAGCGGCUAUGGGACCUGAGUGAAAGCAUGGUGGGCCUUAGAAGGUGAAAGAAAGAUCCCUUCACAUUUGUGGCAAUUUUAAGCCUUGGAAAAACAAUGCAGUCGAUUCUUUUUGGGUUGUGUUUUUGGCCAAGUACCUGAGGGACUUACUGGAUAAGAGACAGGAAAUUAAAAUGUCCAUCUGUUCGCCGUAUCUUUGCUGCAGUGUUUUCAGAGAUGGCCUCGGGCUUGUGACUCACUCUUCUCUGUGAAUGAGAGCCGGAAAGUAUCGAGUCCAACAUAUCCCUUGAAUACAAAUGACAGCAGCAACGUGCCUAAGAAACAUGUGGCUCCGUGCUAACAAGAACACAGAGGACCACUGCAUAUAUCUCGACGUAGAUUAACCAAGUGCGGAUUGUUGUUCUGCAAUUAAUUGAGCAGAGCUAUUCAUCCAUGAAGUGAACUAGUUACAUUUCAGCCUCUCAGAAUCUCAUCUUUUCAUAAUGCCAUGGAGUAAACUGCUACCCUGUGACUUAUUCACGAUAUAUUUAAAUAUGAUUGUGCCAUUCCGGAGUUGGCACAUAAUCAAAAAGGAAACACGUAGGCUGUUGCUUUGCGGAUAGUGGACUUAAAAAAGGAGCCAGCAUAUUGGCUGUGUAUUUUGCAUUGCCUCUGCUAUAAAUUGCUGUGUAUUAGCCAUUAUUAGAUAUAUUUCAUUUGCGGUGCCGUAGGGAGUUUACUAACUACAGUCUUUAAUCACACGCACUAACAUGACAUGGUUUGAUUGUAAAUGCAGUGCUUCGGAUAUACUCUAAAGAUUGAAUAAAUGGACAAAAAUG